ACGCCUUAAACAACUGUCGUCGAGAGAAGCUAAGAAGCUAGCUAGCCCAGUAAAACAGUUUGAGUCUUUAUAGAAAGACUCACUUACUUGUCCAGAAACCGAUGUCGCUUUAAGAAUAAUGGACCGAGAACUGAACGAAGAGGAACUGCAGGAUUUGUACGCAUGGAUAGACAAAAUAUCUCUGUCCCGGCCCAAACGAAACAUCACAAGAGACUUCAGCGACGGAGUGAUGGCUGCAGAGGUCGUCAAAUAUUUCUUCCCAAAGUUUGUUGAUCUGCACAACUAUAUUCCUGCAAACUCCACACAGCAGAAGCUCAGUAACUGGGAUCUCCUCAACAGGAAGGUGUUUUCCAAGCUGAACUUCCACGUGCCUGAAGAGACAGUGAAGAGGAUUGUACUGAGCACCGCAGGAGUGAUAGAGCCUGUACUGAAUGCCCUCAGGGAGAAGAUAGACAAGAAACUGGAGCACACUACAGAGAAUAUACUGGAUUUGGAAUACUAUGACACCAGAAACCAGGAGAAACCUCAUACAGAAAUUCACCAGACUGAAGCAAAACUUGUGGCUCAGCUGGCAGGAGAAGAGAUGAAAAAAGAUGAAAAGAGCAGAAUAAAAAACGGUAAACCGCAGCAGACAGCACAGUUUUACUCAGACAUGGACCCUACUUUACAACUAAUCCUGCAGGAAAAAGAGCAAGCUGUCAUGGCUCUGCAGGAGACUGUGGAGAUUCUGCAGAUGAAAGUAAACAGGUUAGAGCAUCUGGUUCACUUGAAGGACAUGCGUAUUGAAGAUCUGACGCGGCAUCUGGAAACCUACAAAGCAAAAGGCAAUACACGCUGAUACAAACAAUAAGAAGAGACAGGAGACCUGCUGAGCAGCAUC